CGUCGCACUUGUAUUCUGCGAUGCGAAGGUCACUCGUUCGAUUCGGGUAGCGGGCAUUGCUUUUUGAACGGUGCGCGUGUGGUUAUUCGUGACUUGUAACGUGACAGAUGAUCAGCUCUCUUCGCGUUCGAUCAUGUCUAUUGUUACCACUCAUCUUUACUCCUCCUUCUCAUGGCCACAAUUCUUGCACCUACGCCGAUAGAUGGCUUUCCUACCCACACAUCAUCGACGCAAUCCGACACCGAGAACAUCCUACUUAGCCAUCUCCCUAGCGAUCUAAAAGCGACUCCUACCCUCGACAAGAAUGCACACAUGCAAUUCCUCGUCCGGAAUCUCGUCCAGGGGUUCCCUUCUCGCUACAUUAGCCAGGAUGCGAGUCAGCCGUGGCUGCUCUACUGGUCGCUUCAGUCUUUUAGUGUCCUCCAAGUUGGAUUAGAUCCUGGGAACAAGCAAAGAGCGAUCGAUACGCUUAUGGCGAUGCAACACCCGGACGGUGGAUUCGGAGGUGGACCGAAACAGUCCGCGCAUCUGCUACCAACAUACGCCGCCGUCUCUGCGUUGGCCAUUGUCGGACGACCAGGGGACAACGGCGGAUGGGACCAGAUUGACCGAAAGAAGAUGUAUGAAUUCUUCAUGUCCCUCAAGCAACCCGAUGGCUCCUUUCUGGUCGCACACCACUCCGAAGUCGACGUGCGUGGUGUCUACUGCUUACUUGUCACUGCCACCCUGCUGGACAUCCUCACUCCCGAACUGGUGGAAGGAACGGCGGCGUUCGUCGCUUCAUGUCAGACCUACGAAGGCGGAUUUUCGUCGGCAUCUCAACCGUACUUCACGCCAUCAUCACCGGGAUCUGUUCCCUCCAUCCUCAAGCAUCCGCGCCCCGCACUCGGUGAAGCGCACGGUGGAUAUACCUUCUGCGGGCUUGCGUCUUGGGUCAUGCUCCAACCGUUCAUUACGCCAGACUCUGUCAAGAUUAAUACCAAGUCUCUUGUUCGGUGGCUUGUUCAAAUGCAAGGUCUUCCGAUAGAGCUUGGCGGGUUCAAAGGACGGACAAACAAACUUGUGGACGGCUGCUACUCUUGGUGGGCCGGCGGAUCUUUCGGUCUGCUCGACUCGAUAGGGAUUGCGGUGCCUCCUUUACCGACGAAACCCGAGAGCGACGAUGAAGGCUGGGAUGAUAUCGAUGAUUCUUUGUUAAACCGCAAAGCGAUCCAAGAAUAUGUCCUAUUUGCGUGCCAACAUCCAGCUGGAGGACUUCGAGACAAGCCUCCCAAACAUCCGGACGCAUAUCAUACGCUCUAUUGUCUGGCAGGGUUGUCCGCAGCACAGCACAAGGUUGCUCCGUCUUCAGCUCGUCGCGAUGAGAUUACCCAGGCAUGGAAAGCCGGCGCAGCGGAUCUGGUGACCCCGGAAAUGGACAGCCUCCGGAAACGCGUGUUCUCUGAUUCGCUCCAAUACACCGAAGAAGAGGGAACCGAAACCAUCCUUGGAGGCUCUGUCAAUCGAGUUAACGCAACGCAUCCCAUCUUCAAUCUCACUGUCACGCAUACAGAGGCCAUUAUGAGCCACUUCUAUAAUCAGACUGUACCUCCCCGGGUCACAAAACACCCCAAGGCAUGAUAAAGUGAUGUAACUAGCAACAUACAUGUAUUUUUAUUCGGACGUUUUGCAAAUGUGUCAGUAAGGUGAACAGUUGGACCCAAUUCUGUGUUGCUUAAAGGCCGGUUUUUAUUAGAAGCAUUAUAUGUAAGUUUGUACAAUACAGUUCAGAAUUAUAAUAUGUAGAUAGAGUAGAACGAGAAUGCGGUGAGUGAGUGACGUAAAAGAGAAAGCAAAAAAAGUCCCUGGGUCCGUGUGUCCUUUUAACAUGCAGAGGUAGACUUACCAAACAGUUGGUGCUUGGCGGCUCCGGUCCUGGGCAAGCAACUGUUCAGUGUCGCAAACACUCUGCGGUGACAUCAUCUGCUGCGAGUAGGCCCACUUGUCCUCGGCCUCUCGGUGAUUCAUCAGCUGCUGAAGAUGCAGCUGCGGGUCAUAAUGUUCAUACACUGCCGGCGAAGCGAUCGCGGGUGUGUGCCAUCCGGUAACGUGGUACGAGUGUGCCGACUGCGGGGUCAGAGGAGAGACACCCGCACUGUGGGGAGCAAACUGAACCUGAUGCUCCUGAACGGGAGGCAUCUGGAACUGCCCCAGCUCGUCCUCUUUCACGCCAGCCGCGUAAUCAUCCCCGUCUUCGUACUCGAGCACGUUGUGCAGAUCGCUAGCAUCGUACUGCAGCUCAUCGCCCAUCACCGCGUACAUCUCGCCGCGCGCGGGAGUUUCGAGGCGGUGAACGCCGGCCCGGGAACGCCACUCGUUAGCCUCGCGACGGAGGGCAUCGCAUUCGUUGGCAAGCGCUCGGAGCUGUUGCGUUGCACAGAUGCGAUGGCGGCGCGACGCGUUGACGUACGCGAUCGACGAGUUGACGAUGCUCGAUUUGGAAGGUCGGCGUAUGUUGACGAGAUUCGGUAGGACACCCGCGAGAUCCUGCACCGUGUUAUUGGCGUACCCGUGUGAUGAGCAUGAUACACACCAGGAAACGCGAAUUUAACGCCUCCCUGCGUUGACGUUCGACCGCGUUGUGC